CGCAGGCAGGGCGGACAGGCGAGAUGGCUGUGGCGCAAGAGCAUCGUGCUUCUGGAGAGGCCGAGACGGGGCCGAGAGCCAGAGAGACCGAUCGCUGCAUCCGCUGGCCCCUGUCGGAGCGCUCCCUGCGCUGGGGCAUCUUCUCUCUAACGCUCUUCUUUUCCUUCCUCCAAUUUUGCCCCUUCACCUUCUUCUCCUUUCUCUCCUCUCCUUUGCCCUUCCUUUCCCUAAGUUUCGAGGACUCCACCUUGUCCACAGCCACUACCCUUGAGUAUAUCCCCACCUCAGCAGGCGACCCCAAAUGCCAGAGGCCCCGCACGCUCAUACGCCAGCAAAGUCUGCAACAGCCCCUCAGCCAGCACCAGCGGGCCAACCACAGCCAGCCCACCACCAGCCAGAGCCUGGGCCACCUCCAGGCUCACAGUGGCUCCUCCUCUGGCACUGGCAACCCCCGGGGCUACCGUGGUGGCCAGGCGCGCCAAGGCAUCGCUGCUGGCUCCAAGCAUCGGACGGCAGGAGGCCGGAGCCGCUCCAAUCCCGGCAGCUGGGACCAUGUGGUGGGGCAAAUUCGGAACCGAGGCUUGGACAUGAAGUCCUUUCUGGAAGGCCGGAUGGUCGUGUUAUCCCUGGUUUUGGGACUCUCAGAGCAAGAUGACUUUGCCAAUAUCCCCGACCUGCAGCCCGCUGGGACAGAGCCGAACCAGCCGAACGCUCAGGGGGACAAGAGGUUACCGGCCGGUGGCAAGGCAGUAAACACAGCCCCCGUGCCUGGGCAGACGCAGCACGAUGAGUCUGACCGCAAGACUGAGCCACGCUCCUCUGUCUCGGACCUCGUCAACUCCCUGACCAGUGAGAUGCUCAUGCUCUCCCCAGGCUCCGAGGACGACGAGGGACACGACAGCUCCAGCCGGGAGAACCUGGGUCGCAUCCAGUUCAGCGUUGGCUACAACUUCCAGGAGUCCACCCUCACUGUCAAGAUCAUGAAGGCCCAGGAGCUGCCAGCCAAGGACUUCAGUGGCACAAGUGACCCCUUUGUCAAGAUCUACCUGCUCCCCGACAAGAAGCACAAGCUGGAAACCAAGGUGAAGCGGAAGAACCUGAACCCGCAUUGGAAUGAGACCUUCCUCUUUGAAGGUUUCCCCUAUGAGAAGGUGGUGCAGCGAGUGCUGUACCUCCAGGUCCUGGACUAUGACCGCUUCAGCCGUAAUGACCCCAUUGGGGAGGUGUCCAUCCCCCUCAACAAAGUGGACCUCACCCAGAUGCAGACCUUCUGGAAGGACCUGAAGCCCUGCAGCGAUGGCAGCGGAAGCCGAGGAGAGCUGCUCCUGUCCCUGUGCUACAACCCCUCUGCCAACUCCAUCAUUGUGAACAUCAUCAAAGCACGGAACCUCAAAGCCAUGGACAUCGGAGGGACAUCAGACCCCUACGUGAAGGUGUGGCUGAUGUACAAAGACAAGCGGGUGGAGAAGAAGAAGACAGUAGUCAUGAAGCGGUGCCUGAACCCCGUCUUCAAUGAGUCCUUCGCCUUCGACAUCCCCACUGAGCGGCUGCGUGAGACGACCAUCGUCAUCACCGUCAUGGACAAGGACAGGCUGAGCCGGAAUGAUGUCAUCGGCAAGCAUCAGUUUGGCUGUUCAUCCACGUGGUCUCCAAGCAGGGAUUGCAUGGACAGCAGGACUCAGCACACUGCAGUCUUCCUGCAGGCUGCAGAGAAAUCUCACAGGUCCAGAGAGACAACACCAGGCACCACCAGCUCAGCAUAGAAGUCCAAGCCCCUAGGCAAUAUGUAUCCUGCCAAGGGGCAGCAUCUGGGGAACAUCCAAGACCAUACAUUGACCUGAAGAGUGCAGCCAUCUCUGUUGGAUACAACUGGUGCUGUCUCUGUGGGCUCAGCAUCACCUGAGUGAGGCAGCGUGGUCUGGAGUGCAUCUGCCAAGAGGAAGAAAAAGAGCAACAGAUAGUUCCUGUGUCUUCCCAGCACUAUUUCUGCAUGGCCUUUCCCCAUGCUGACCCUUGCUUGGAGUCUGGAUGGGGAUUUAAAGUGCCACUCAUGCUAAUCUAGGUGUUCUUCCAACUUUCUCAUGGCCAUCACUGCAGGAUUUCGGACCCAAGUGUUGGGUUAGGAGCUGCAUUGGAUUUUGCUAGCAGUCUGGCUGAGAGAGGAGCUCUCACUCCGUGGUGAAGUCUGGAGCAAUUGUUUCUCAGCCAAGAAGCAGAAGGAAUUGUCAUGCUGGUGCUCUGGACGAAGGUUUCUGCAAAGGACCGAGGCUGCAGGUAGCAGCUGCAAGCCUGGGCAGGCAUUAGAGUCUCCACUGCUGUGCUCUGUCCCCAUCCCACUUCUCUGGAGAAGGCAAGCUAGAGAGGAAGAUGGAGCCCAUAUGGAUCUCUUUUUGAUUGGACUUUCUCUUCCAUAUCUGGCCCAGGCUGAGACUCUUCUGAGACCCCUACCACCAGCUGUGAUGUCUGGAGUGAGGACUGAUUCAUCAGAAGUGAGACUGAGGCCACCAACCAAAUCUCUGGUGGGAGUUAGCUGCCAUUCCUGGCCAAACGAGGGCUGGUUCAAAUCCUGGUGGAGACAGGCCGUGGAGCUUGUUAGCACAAAUAACAGUUUGUCAGCCAGCUGGCAAAAGUGAGCUGAGAAGUGUCAGGAGCCAGCAACAAACUUCAGCCCCUCCAUUUCCUGACAGCAGUGCGAGCGGGGUGAGGGGCUGCACGCCCACCUGAGAGGAAUGGCCCCAGCUCACCUGGGCCAGUGGGGCACCCAGCACCACCUGACCAAAGCAAACCCAGCCGGGAUCCAAGGCUGAACCCGUGCUGGUGUUGCGCUCUUCUUGUGCUUCAGCCCCUCCGAUUAGUUUCUGGCUGGAAAUGAUGCCGGAGGUGCCGCGCACCUCCCUCCGCCCAGUCUCCCCGCAGCAUGCUUCACACCGCUCUACAGCACAACCUGCUCCAGGGUGAACUUGGAUCUGAUGACAGUCUAUUUAUAGCGAGGCAAAAAUCAAAGCCCCAGAUUGCUUCCUUAGGCUGCGGCUCCAGGUGGAGCGCCAGAUCCCCCGCUGCAGCAGCACCAGCCCCAGGUGUGGGGCUGCAUGGUGGGCACGCUGGAACCUGGGCACUCGCGUGCCUGAGUAAAGAGCUUGCAAGGCUGGUUGCUGCAGGUUUGUCCUUUUAGGGGGUGACAGAGCUCCCCACGAGCCACGUGCAGCAGAGCCUCGUGGUUGCAGCAUCCAGCC